UCUAAAAUUAGGAUACAGCGAUUAAUCCUCUUUCUCUCUCUACAGAUUUCCACGGAACACGAAGCUAAUCUGAAACAAAUACCGGAAGCACACAUCGCACAACGCUUCUACGGCUGCGAAUUCCUCUCCGCUCCCUUCUCUUUACCUCUAAUCUCCUUUUCUGCCGGAAAAUUUCUUUUACCAGCCACUUUCCGACCUAAUUGAUUUCGCAGUGGAAGGCAUUUUCCUGGAAGUUUUUUUUUAUAACAGAGCUGCUAGGUAAUUGAAAUGCAUUUAUUUCUUUGAUUGCGGGGAACUGAUUGGGACGAUUAAAUUCGGAUUUAAUGCCUUAUAUCAUUCUUAUGGAAAAUUUGGGGAUACUGUAUUGUUUUAGGGAUAAUAUUUGACCUAGAACGCUACAUGUUUUUCUGUUUUGCAGCAACGAACCGAUAACCUGCUAGAAAUUUGUGUUUUGUUGUUUACUUUUUUUAUUUUAUUCACCUAGGGAAGUAGUGGUGUUUCGAUUUAUUUGUCGAGUAUGGUGGAAUUGAGGGUUUACUAGACCCGUAUUGGUGGUCAAUGGAGUCUGGCGAGAUAAAAUGGUGUGACCGCGACUUCGAUUGCAACGAUCCUUUGAUGAUGGAGAAGCGAAAAUGUAAUGAGCUUGAGGAAGAAACCUGCCUCUCCGCCCAAGGGGUUAUCACGCAAAAUGCCCGUGUAGAGCUAGGAAAUGAGUGUACAGCACUCCGUGAGAUGGUGAUCAACCAGCAGCAGACCAUUGACGACCUAAUUUCUGAGUUGGAGGAGGAGAGGAAUGCUGCGUCCACGGCUGCCAAUGAAGCUCUCUCGAUGAUCCUGAGGCUUCAGAAGGAUAAAGCAGAGAUUCAGAUGGAAUUAAGGCAGUUCAAGAGGUUUGCAGAAGAGAAAAUGGCUCAUGAUCAGCAGGAGACGUUGGGAUUGGAGGAUAUGUUGUAUAAGAGGGAGGAGGCCAUACAGUCACUUUCAUGUGAGAUUGAGGCCUAUAGACAGAAGAUGAUGAGUUAUGGGCUCUCAGAAACUGAAGUUGAUGGAGUCGUCCAGGCUAUGAGCCGGAAUUUCAGCAUGAUUGAGGACAUCGAAGGUCAAUUUGACUAUGUAAAUGAGAUGUACCCUCCUCUCAGGUGCAAUGUGAAUGAAUCACAAACCUGUCCAAAUGGUGAUGAUGAAAUGCCUGAUAUUGAGAAAUACGCAUUUGGGGAAAAUCCACAUUCAAGUGACCAAUUGAAGGAUUUGGAGUGUCGAAUCAAUCAAUUGGAGAAAAGUCCAAGAGCCAUUUAUCCUGAUGGGGAACUAGUUAAUUCAAAGACUGUGCUUGAAAAAGUAAUCGUUGGCCAUUCUCCAAGAGCUAUGAGCGCCAGGAAUGGCCCACAGUCACCUUUUGCAAUGGCUAAAGAAAAAGGCCCAGAGUUUUCCAGGUAUUAUUCUCCAAGGUUUGCCAACAGCUUCAAGAAAUCUGUAUUUUCCUAUAUUGAGGAGAAUCCCAGGAAGGCAGAUUCUGCAUCAGAAUAUGGAGAUGAAUCGUGCGACAGAGUCUGCACAAUUGAUUCUGUUCAACAGGGACCUUUCAACAAUCGAGCAAUGAGUUGCAAUGCUUCUCUUGUUGGUGGUGAUGAAUAUAUGGGAACUCUGAAGGAGAUGAAUAUUUCCAGUUCUAGAGACCUUGAGAUUCAAAAGUUAUAUGCAAGACUUAAUUCUCUUGAGGCUGAUAGAGAGUCUAUGAGACAAGCCAUUAUCUCCAUGGGGACUGAAAAAGCACAAGUAGUACUGUUGAAGGAGAUAGCACAAAACUUAUGCAAAGAAAUGUCUCCAAAGCAUACGCCCUUGAGGAAGCAAUUGGAGACUAGGAAAUUUUCCUUCUUGUCAAUAUUCAAGUGGAUUGUUCCUUUUUUUAGCUGGAGGAAAAGAGGCCGAAGAGCCAGGUAUAUGUUCGGUUUAUCAGCCAACAACAUUGGCAUGUUAGUGCUUUUAGACCGAAGUCCUCGUGUGGGGUUAUGGAGGCAUCAUUUCAUUACAAAUUCGCAAAACUAAAUGGAGAUCAUCAAAAUGGAUGUAGUUUUUUCUUCAAGUCCUAGUUGCAGCUGGAUUGAUCGGGUGCUUGGUAGCCAUCGUUCAACUUUACUUGCAUUCUUUUAGUGAUGUUGUUAGUUGUCAAAUAGUAUAUGAAUACUCUCUCUCCUUAGCAAUGUCGUCUCUCUUAGCUGCUCCACAUCUGUGUAUAUUUCAUUUUUGGAUGACCUCUCAAGUUCAUUAGUACUUGCUUAAUAAACCAUUUUUCCACCUUUGUUUAAA